AUGCAUCAAAUGCUCAUCGGUCGCUCCCGACCAGUCAUCGGCAAUCUCGGCCAAAGACUGCAGUCGGCGGAUCAGCAGCUGAAAGCGUCAGACCCUUCCCAGCGACGAAGACAUAUCGUGCGGUCGGAUACCUAUCGCAAGGAUAGUUCAGAACCCGGCCACAUCCCCGUCAGCUCCUUACGCGUGCAUGGCGCCGCCUGGGCCGUGGCUGGCGCCAGCAUGUACGCUACCCUGCAUGGGGUCUACAUGAUGCUGAAGUCCUUCCGACAGAUUCGCUACAUCUAA